AUGGGAGGUUCUAAACUACAAGAGUGGACUCCAAAAUGUAAGUAUGCAGUGGUAGAAUGGCAGAGAACAUAUAGGACGAGAAAGGUGGUCGGCAAAUGGGUGGAGAGACCUAUCAUUAGUAGAUCGGUUCCAGCAACCCCUACUAAGUCUCCCUCAAAGCAGGAAUCUUAUGGUAUGCUUUACCAUGGGGGAGAUGACUUUUCAGGCGACCUUGGUGAUCACAUGGUGACUCCACUGCACCUGCCAAAGUCCCUGAGUCAAAAUGACUAUAUACGUCAAUGGGUCCCAAAGACCAAAGCAUAUCUUGACAUACUCCUUGAAAGAGAAGUUCCAUCAGAUAGGUCAUGUAUCAUCUGUGGGACAGAUGGUGUCUAUAAAUGCCAUGGAUGCUUCGGUGAGCCUCUCUUUUGCACAAGUUGUUGCAGAACCCAGCACCAGAGGCUUCCCUUUCAUCGGGUUAGCCAAUGGACAGGCUCAUUCUUUGAGGAAAGUUGCUUGGUCAAGAGUGGGAUGGUGAUCUGGCUCGGACAUGGAGGAAAUGCAUGCCCAUGGGAUGAUGAUGUAGGGGAGUCAGCUCUGUUCACUACAGGGGAAGGAGAUUCCGACGAUACGGAUGCCGAGAGCACAUUGAAUGAACCAAAUGCCGAGCAGAGCACAAAGGAGGCCCAUGACCUACCGACCGGCGUGCCGUUCAUUAAGAACAACAAGGCCAUGACAACAAUAAUUGACAAGUCCGGAGUACAUACCCACAUCGUCAAGUAUUGCACAUGCCCAGAGGCUGACGCCGCCGAUAUACAGUUGUUUAACAUGGGUUUGUUUCUGGCGUCAUUCAUAGAACCAAAGACAGCAUUUACCUUCGAUGUCUUGAACGACUUCUUACUCGACAACCUGGAGUGCGGGACUUCGGCGAUGAAUUAUUACAGCAAGUUAAGGAGGAUGACCACGAGCAUCUUUCCUCACUUGGUGCCGGACCGUUACCGGGAGCUCAUGAGGGUGGCAAGACAAUGGCGGAAGUUGAAGCUCCUGAAGUGGAAUGGCUUCGGCCAUGAGGAAAAGGAAGUGGGACCUGGCGAUCUAGCCCUCUUUUGUCCGGCAUGUCCUCAGCCGGGAAUUAAUGUCACAUUGCCUGCCGGAGGCACUGCCGAGGACAUCGAUGCUAACAAUGGAUCUGGUCGAGAGACUCCGAGUUGGUUAUACACAAGGUCGCUUGUCAUGGACGGAAACUUCAAAGCCGAGCAUCUGCAUGCCACAAAUCCUGCCGAUGAAGUGUCUCUCAUGGACGGUCGUGGCUUCAUGGUCGGCGAUGCCUUGUACAAGGAGCAUUUGGCCAUUGCCAAGGAUGCCGUGCAACACUCAGAGUGCAACAACCACCGCGCGGUAAAUUUGGCAAAUGCAUCUCGUCACAGAUUGGAGGCCACCGGCAUCGGCGGAUGCGCAUGUGCGAGGCAUGGUUGUUUUGUCCCGCACGCCAUGGUAGAUUUUCAGAAGGGAGAAAGACAGAUGAAUAUGGAUCAUGCACUGUGCGAGGCGUUGAAACUGAACGCCGAGGGCAUCCACCGUGUAUUGACCUUCUAUGAUGUUAACUGUCAGUAUCAUAAGCACCUCCAGGACCGCAUCGCCGACAGUCCGUUGCUGAAGAUGCAUGACGAGCUGGAAAUCACCCCCGGCAUCGGACUAUGGCAUGUCCAUGGCCAUCAAGACAGCUGCUAUGUCAGAUAUGCUUCCAAUUUCAUACAAGGCGCAGCCAGGAUCGACGGCGAGAUCAUGGAGACAUUAUGGGCGCCGUUAAAUAUAAUCUCACCGGCGGCCCGUGGGAUGGGAACUCCUCACCGAAAAGAAUGCCUGGAUUACCAAAUGAAUGAUUGCAACUUCAUGAAAAUGAUCAGAAUGAGCAAAUCGCUUUGCCGAAAAUACAAGGAAGCUAUGAAAGGGGUCGCCGACAGCAACAUGGCAUUUGAGCGGCUUGAUGAGAGCGCCGAUGCCGAUAAAGUCAAAGAUUGGGAGGCCCAAGAGAGGUUGGCACAUGAACGGUGGCGCCAUGAUCCAACAGCAAUGGACAUUUAUGAAGUUCAACUGCGCAAAGCACCGACCAGAAAACAGCAAGAGUUAAGGUUGUUAACGGUGCAAGGCCGGCGGCCUGGCGAGGCGCGCCGGAGAGGUGCGGCAACGUGGCUGACAGAGGGCCUUGCUAUCGAGGAAGCCCAGGUCUCGCUGCAGAUGGAUGUGAGAAAGCUCGGACAUCGGGCAACAGAUACUCAGCGAUUGGCGAUUGGUCGCCGACGUGAUACCCUGCAACGGGAUAUCGAUCGCUGGAUGGCGGCCGGAGCAAUAAUUCUUGGCGAGGACUUAGGCGACAAUGACAUGCAGAUCAUGCAACCAGAUCUGUUAAUACUUCAAGAAGACGUUGAAGAAGAUAUGGACGCCGAGCUUAGAGUGUUUGAGCCGGAAAAGGGGGUGAUUCCUUUGCCUUCCAAUUUGGGGCUAGAGAAAUGUGCGGCACUCGGCAUUGCUGAUAUCGCCGAUCAGGAACUCACGCUCUGGCAAGGUCAGGCGAAUGAUGCCCUGCACCACAUCAGGGUGCAUUUGGCUGACAAGGCGGUCAUUUUCCAGAAGACUGUCAGAGUAGCAAAAUCACAAGCGUUGUCGACCAGAGCUUGGGCUCAAGUUCAUUCAGUGGACAGGGCGGUCAGCAUCAAUGCAAGCAUCUAUUCAAAAUGCCGAUCACAAUUGUGCAGACUCGGCGCAGACGAUGCACUGCUCAAGAGAUACCAACCGUUGACAAGGGAGCAUCUCAAGAGGAACAAUGUGUUAGCUUGGUUUUGUGACUGGCUGAAUGAGUUUUACCGUGUUCACUGGCUUCAUGCCAAGGCUAUGAGAGACUGA